GCAAAGCCAAAAACCCUCUAUGACCGUGUCAGUCAAAGCAGCGCUGAAGCUAUGGGCAUUUUUGCGGGCUAGAGUCAUGUCAUCUGAGACAUUUAAUUGGGCCCGGGCCGCCACUGGGGGACAGCGGACGGCAUUCCUCCUCUGCCUGCGCCCUGUUGUGUUGCUCCUCGCCGCGUGGCUGCAGUCUGUGGAUAAUAUGUCCCAUGCCCACGCAAACUUGAGCUGCCGGAGUUACAGCAGUUUAGUGGACGGACCGACUAUGGUGGCAAACCUCUGAAUACAAAAUAACAUCACUGGAGUCUCACGACGGAAGUGAAAGGUCCAUUCUUGUAUAUCUGCUGAAUUUGCGCGGCGGCGCAACGGCUGGGAGGCGAGCAGCGCGUUUCCUGAAGAGACCUCAGCAGUCAACAGUCACUAUAGAGGACGUACUCUGCUUCACAUUAUAUUUAAACGGAAUUUCCUUUGUUCGGGUUCGUGCUGUUUCAGCUUUGUUUUGUGCCUGUGGCCUCAUGAAGGGAUAAAUGAUCACCUCGGCCCGAAGAGUGUCUCCUGAUAAAUCUGAAGUUAGAAUUGCCUUCAGCCUUGAGGACACAUCAGAUGUAAAAGAUGCGGAGAACCUCCCCCAGACGUUCCCGGAUCUUGAACAGCGAUUACAGCCAGUGCCUCCCUGUGUGUCUCUGAGAGAGAGUGUCCAGGUGUACAAGGAACACUGCAGAAUGGCGAGGGAGUUCCACCAGGUCAAACAUGAGAUCGCCGUGCUUGAGGACCGCAAGCGUAAGUUGCUAGCAGAGCUGGUGGAGGAUGAGAAGGUUGCCAUUGAGAUCGCCCGUCUCGAGGAGGAGUUUCGGCAUCUAAUGGAAGAGAACCGCACCUUGGUGACUGUCCACAAUGAGCGGGCUCAGCAGCUGGAAAGCCUGUGCUUGACCAUUCAAACGAGGCAGGACUCCUCAUGACCUCUGACCUCCGCGGAACCUGAGACCUCCAAACAUCCGAGCUGAUGCCGGGGCUUGAAACCUGGCAAGAAAUAAAGGCUCAGCUAACGCAUCACAGCAACAGUAGUGAAUCAGCUAAUUACACAGAAAGGCCUUGUGUUUAUUCAUGUCUGAGUCAGUUGUCUGAACCUUAGACGUGCUAUUAUCAUCAGUGUGAAGUUGUUAGAGCCGUUCCACCAAGCUAUGACACAAGGCCACCUUUCUGGGUGCUGUUUUGUCAUUAUAUGAUCUUGCUGAGGCCUCCUGGCCACUAUUGCAAUACCUCACUGUGUAUUUACACAAUGUCAGCUGCUGUGAAUAUGACCGGAUAUUCUGAUAUGUGUCUCAGGUCCUGUGGAGACUCAGAUCUUUUACCUGAGGUCUGUGGAAGGAGCCAAAGGUGGUAUGUUGUGGUCCAAAAUGUAUUUUGAGGAGUGGCCCCCCCCUCCCUCUCCCUCUUUCCCACCCAAAGCACUUACCUUUUGGAGCUCCAGUUAUGAUAAACAAAAAAGAGAAAUGAGAUGAGUGUUUAAGAUAGUGUUGGGGUCUGGGGGGGCGGGUCUUUCAUUUCACAAUAAGUAUUUGUUGUGACACAACAUUGUAAGGGUUGUAUAUUUUUUUUGAUGUAGUGUGUCUCACCCACCUUUCGAAGGGGAAGUAUACAGCAAGAUUAAUUAUCUCUUAUGGUCUUUCCCUAUUAAUAAAAUGUGUUUUAUUUUAACACGA